AUGCCUUUCAACCCGUCGCGACGCGAGGAGAUCUGCCGCCUGGCUGGCCAGAUCAGUUGCCAGUCUCUUCAGCUCAGGGACAUCGUCGGCAAUAUCUACCAGCGCGGCCAGAGCCCCGCGAGGCCUCCCUCGGCUGCCCCGAGCAGUCCUCCGGGAUUCGAAGUUCGUCAGUCGGUAUCGGGAGGCAAGUGUGGCGGGGGCCGAAAGGCCUCAGCCGCUCGACACAAGGGCUCGACGAGCCAGUUCCUGACGGUCCAGGUGCCCGUCUCGAUGGCGUCGCAGUUCAUGGCCACGCAGAAUGUGGACGCCGGCGAGCUGAGCGCGCGCCAGUCCGUGUCCUCGUUGGGCUCUGACGAGGGCCCCAAGAUUCCCACGACGAGUCACAUAUCUCGGAGGCCCAAGCCUCGGCCGCCUCCCAAGCCAAAGGCAGAGGAACCGGAGCCCGCGCAUCCGCGGCCCUACGAGGACGACCCCAUUUGGGGGGUGUGGGAGAGCAACAUGCUGCGCUUGACCCAGCUGCUGAAGAUGCUGCUCCAGGAACUGCGCUCCGUCUCCGACUACACCAAGAUCGACGAACCGACGCUGAUGGCGGCCGCCAGCGCGGUCGGGAGCGGCGUGCCUCUGGCCGAGGCAUCGGCGGCGGACGCGUUCGCAACCAAGGUGGCGGCGAGCAGCAUCAUUGGUGGCAUGUACAACCGGGAGAACGUGAGCAACGCGCUACACAACCCGGCGCCCUUCCAGCAGCUCUACGCGCCGCCGCCUCAGGUGAACGAACUGUCGUCGACGGAUCAUCUGUCGUCGGAGCCGGUCCGCGAACACAUAGACCUGAGCGUUUACUUCAGCAAGCUUGCCUCCCAGAUGGAAGCGCUGACGCAGGCACUUAAGCCUAACCCCUUCCCGCCGCACGCCGGAGCUCCCAUGGCGGAUAGGCUGAUCCCUCUCGAGGAAAAUGUCGGCCGUCUCGCGCACAAUCUCGCCGAUGUCUCGAGGGCCAUCGCGAGACCCGUUGACCCACUCGAUGUCCUGAUGUCGUCCAGGGCCAAAAGCCCGGCUGGCCAGCCGAUGCAAGUCCGUGCCGAGGCGCAGGUGGACAACGGCGAGGGCGUCAGCAUGGCGAACCGGGCCAACGUGAACUUCCAGCUCGACGGGUCCGCGUCCUCGCAACCGUCUUCUUCUGCUGCCAGCGGCGGCAAGGGCGGAGGAGGACUCGUACAGACCGACGCCAUGGCGUCGCUCGUGGCCAGCGUCAACCAGCUGACGAAUCACAUGACCCAGGUGGAAGACCUGUUCCGGCGCGCCAUGGGCGCCAGACCGGUUCCCAAGAGGAGAGAAGGCCUGUCCGUCUCCGAGGAAGAGGACCUGCGCUACUGCCUAUCAAAACUCACGGACAACAUGGCGAACAUGUCUCGCGACCUGAAGAAGACCCUGGGCGAGCACACCGUGGUGCCCCUGAGCCGGCUCAUCGACGAUUUGGACGAAAAGACGGACGAUUGCUGAGGGCAGAAAACUCCG